AUUUAGUGAUUUUUUAAAUUGUUUAAGCGAAUUAGGUUUUGCAAGAAACUGAGCUUUUAGCUCGAUGUAGUUUGGCUUAUUUUCUACGAAAUUUCCGCAUUUCUUCAGAAAAUCGUAAAGGGAAGAACAUUAUUAUUCUCCCGUCGACACUAAAACUCUUGAUAAAGGCAAAUACGUUAUUUAUUUUGCCUUUUAGACGCAAUAAUAGUCAAAAGGUUCUUGUAUUUGCUCACAAUAAACUCGUAGUUAUAGAAACAUCGAUUUAAUUUCAUCCAAAAGUCACAGGUCAAAGUGUCAAUUUUUGCGUUUUUUGCCACACCAAGACUUGUAACAAAUGGAUAUUAAUUUUGUCUAUCAAAAGAAACGGAGCGAAUUCGGAAAACAAUGCAUGUUUUCGGACAAAGGCCCCGAACUCAUCGACAAUUUCCCAUCAAACAAGAAACUAUUACGCAAUUAUAUUUUGAGAGACCCAGUUUCACGAUCAACUCAUUGUGCCCCCGUCCAAGCCCAACAUUUCCUCAACACAACACGCGCCGAAUACACCAAUGCUGCGAUGAACCACAUCGAGGGGGGCUGGCCCAAAGACGUCAAUACAGCCGAUGAGGAACAAACGAAGAGAUACAGGCGCAAAGUGGAGAAGGACGAAGGAUUCCACCACACUGUUAUGCAGCUUUGCCGCAAUAUGGAUAAUUGCAUUUUGCAAAACAACGCCAUAAACAUCUACCAGCAGUAUUUUUCGGACGUGGAGCCCACCCCUUUGGUCGAGCGCAGCUCCGCUCGAACCGUCAACGUUUACCAGGACCAAAGUACCCCAUCGCGACCCGUCACACACAUAUCUUGGUCCCCAGACAACCAAACUAAACUCGCAGUUUCGCACUGCAAUCUCAGCUUUCAAGCCGUUGUCCCGAACCAGACCACACAUUCCUACAUUUGGGAGGUUGAAAACCCCAACUUGCCCCUUCAUGUCCUAAAACCAGAACACCCAAUCGUUUGUCUGGAGUACAACCAAAAGGACCCCAAUUCGCUCGUUAGUGGCAUGUUUAAUGGGCAAGUUGCAGUGUGGGAUACACGAAAGGGGCACGAACCGGUCGAAUUGAGUGUUAUUGAAAAUAGUUAUCGGGAUCCAGUCCAUAACGUGCUUUGGAUUAAUUCCAAGUCUGGGACUGAGUUUUUUGGGUCGUCUACUGAUGGGCAAGUCAAAUGGUGGGAUACGAGGAAAUUGUCAGAACCUACGGAAACUCUUAUUCUGGAUAUAAGUAAAGAUGAUCAAUCGAUGACGAAUGCGUUGGGGGCGUCGUGUCUGGAGUAUGAACCGACGAUUCCGACAAGGUUUAUGGUGGGGACUGAGCAAGGGAAGGUUAUUUCCUGUAACCGUAAAGGUAAAACACCUCAGGAGAAAAUGAUCGGCCGAUUUGCGGCCCAUUACGGCCCUGUGUUGGCCCUUCAGCGCAAUCCAGCAUUUUUGAAAAAUUUCCUAACAAUCGGAGAUUGGACAGCUCGCAUUUGGUCCGAGGAUUGUCGCGAGAGCUCCAUAAUGUGGACCAGUUUCCACAAGGCGUUGCUCACAGAUGGCGCCUGGAGCCCCACUCGCCUUUCUGUCUUUUUCACCACUCGAAGUGACGGCAUUUUGGACGUUUGGGACGUCCUCCAGCAGCAAAAACAGGCCUGUCUUGGGGUCAAAGUGUGCGACGAGUCGCUCAAGUGUCUCCGGACGCACGAAAUGGGCCGUUUGGUGGCUGUGGGGAACCAAAAAGGGACCACUUAUUUGGUCGAAUUUAGCGAGAAUUUAGCCAUGUCGAAUAAGAACGAUAAAAUGUUGUUAACUGCAAUGUUCGAGCGGGAGAGUAAAAGGGAGAAGAUUUUGGAAGCGAGGAAUAGGGAAAUUCGGUUGAAGCUAAAGGCUCGAAGUGCGCUAAAUGUUCCGGAGGAAGGGCUGGAAGAGGAAGGGAAACCUUCAGCUGUUGAUUUGUUUAUGGACAACAAUGUGGUGCAAGCUGAGAGUGAUUUUUAUGGCGUUAUUGAGGCCGAAACGGCCGAACCGGAGCCCGAAUUGCCCCCAGAAGAUGAGUUUGAAGGGGGCUUUGAUGACUUGGAAGGAGACACAGCGGAGGAGAGCCCCGAAGUGAGCGAACCAGUCGAAGAACCACCCAAAGAGAAAAAGAAGAAGACCAAGGGGAAAGGAAAGAAGAAAAAUAAAUAAUUGAAAAAAUAAAUUGUAUUCAAAACGUCAA